CGCGCGUGAAGCAAGUUGAUCAUCAAUAGCCAAUCAGCGACUUCCUUUACUGUCGCUAAUGCAACCCACACACGCAGAGUCCACCAGCCGCCUGUUCUGUCUUUGCACUUCGCUGAUGAUAACUCUACGGGGAAAGUCUGGCGUGGGCAACGCUGCGCUGUUGGUUGUGUUAGUUCCUCUCCUUCUCUCUCUCUCACCCGCUAUAUGCGUGUGGAGGUCAUUUCUAAUGAUUGCAUACCACUGCAGUAAACGCACAAACAAACAGAGGCAUUCUUUGUUUGGAUUUACCUACUAGUAUACUCACUGCUUGAAUAGAUGUAUGCCUAACAGCACUUUCUGUACACCGACUGGUCAAAAGACUGCUCUGGCUUUGGACUUCAUCUCAUUUUGCUCAAAGAUGGUCGUGAGCGAGCAUAAAUGUGCCUAAAACCAGCAGUUUUAGUUACUCUACCGUGUUGUUUAUCAUCGGCGCACGUUUCUAGGGUGUGAAUUCUAUUAGCAAAAGUAACCAUGGAACUAUUAUAUUGGGUGAAUACUCUCCUUGUUCUGGCAGCAUGUCUUUGGUGUAGGGUGUCAUCUAAUGGUGUUUUCUCUCCGACUGGGAUCAACGUUUGCCAAUACACGCAGGAGAGUUCAACAGGACAAAGUGAGGUUGUUCUGGAUUGCUGCCCGGGAUGGAGACAGAUAGGCAAUGAAUGCCCAGAACCGUGCGGGUCAGGUACAUGGGGUCGUAGAUGUGCAAAGGUCUGUAGCUGUCCCGAAAAUACCAACUGUAACAAUGUGAACGGCGCCUGCACCUGUCCACCUGGAUUACAGGGUGCACAAUGUGAACAGGCCUGCGACCGAGGUCGGUUCGGAGCUGGAUGUACCGGUGUCUGCGGAUGUAUGAACGAAGCAUCUUGUGACGUCGUGACAGGGACGUGUGAAUGUCGACCGGGAUGGAUGGGCGAGUCGUGCGACGUCGCAUGCGAACAGGGUUUCGUCGGUAUGAACUGUGGAAUUAGGUGUAAAUGCAUGAAUGGUGGGACCUGUUCUGAUUUGAAUGGCACGUCCUGUACCUGUCCAGCAGGCUUGACCGGUGAGAGGUGUGGAGAUCCUUGUCCUCCAGGAUUCUACGGCGAAGGGUGCCUUCAGCGAUGUACCUGUCAACACAACGGGAAAUGCAACCCAACUAAUGGGUCUUGUACCUGCAGCCCAGGAUGGAUGGGAGAGGAAUGUUUGCAGAUGUGCCCUUGGGGUUGGUACGGUGAGGGCUGUGUUACUGAAUGCAUAUGCGACAAUGGAGCAGGGUGCAGCAACGUGGACGGGUCUUGUUUCUGUAGGUCUGGAUGGAAAGGUCGGCAGUGUGACAUUGCCUGCGAGCCAGGACGGUACGGUCCUGGUUGCAAAAGAUCCUGUAGGUGUCAACACGGUGGAAGAUGUGACCAUCAGACUGGUCAGUGUUACUGUACUUCAGGCUGGACAGGACGAUUCUGCCAUCUUACGUGUCCAGAGGGAUAUUAUGGCGAAGAAUGUGGCAAUAAGUGUCGCUGUCAGAAUGGGGAGUGUGACCACAUCACAGGGGAGUGCACUUGCUUUGGAGGAUGGAGAGGAGAGCGUUGUGAAGUGCCAUGCUCAGAAGGUUACUACGGAAGGGAUUGUAGAAGUAGCUGUUUGUGUUUGAAUGGAGGAAGUUGCAACUCAGUGGACGGAACAUGCGAAUGCUUACCUGGUUGGGUGGGUGAGACUUGUAACCAGGUUUGUGAAGAAGGUUUCCACGGACAUGCAUGCAGGAUGACAUGCUCAUGCGAACACGAUGCACGGUGUAACCACGUAACCGGAGAAUGUGGAUGUCCAUCAGGGUUGACCGGUCCUGGAUGCAACAUGACUUGUUCUGCAGGAACUUUCGGCCACGAGUGCAGUCAAGAAUGCGAGUGUCUGCACGCAACCGGUUGUGAUCCAAAGUAUGGCACUUGCCAGUGCGAACCUGGCUGGACUGGAAAAUGGUGUCAGUAUCCAUGUGAGAAAGGACGAUAUGGUGAUGGCUGUUUAGAGGUUUGUCAGUGUCAAAAUGGAGCUGCUUGUGACUCAGUGAAUGGCUCUUGUUCGUGUCUUGAAGGAUUUCACGGGGAGUUUUGUGACAGGAUCUGCCCCGAUGGCACAUUUGGACAAUCUUGUGCAGACGAAUGUUCGUGUUUAAAUGGUGCGUCGUGUCAUCAUGUCAGUGGUUCCUGCACUUGCUUACCGGGAUACGUCGGCAGUGACUGUGAGUUCCAAUGCAAUUCGAGAUUCUUCGGACAAGGGUGCAUGACGGAGUGCUCGUGCAAGAAUGGUGCAAAAUGUGACCAUGUGAACGGUUUCUGCAGUUGUACAUCGGGAUGGUUUGGAGAACAUUGUGAUGCACCCUGUCCAGACGGACGGUUUGGAAUAGGUUGCAUAGAGGAAUGCAGGUGCACAAAUGGUGCCACAUGUCUUUCCGGAGAUGGUACAUGUAUUUGCAGUCCGGGUUGGACGGGUGUCCAAUGUAGUGAACAAUGUCCUUUGAAAACAUUUGGAGUGUUUUGCUCAGAGAGUUGCAGGUGUGAACAUGAUGGGGCAUGUGAUCCGGUCAACGGAUCUUGUAAAUGUCAACCGGGUUGGACUGGAAAGUACUGUGAAGAAUCAUGCCCAAUUGGCUAUUAUGGUAUGAACUGCAAAGAAGCCUGUUCUUGCUUCAACGAAGCAACAUGCGACUCUAUCUCAGGACAUUGCGUUUGUUCUGCAGGAUGGACAGGAUUAAACUGCAAUGAAACAUGUCCAGAAGGAUAUUAUGGGUUGAACUGUUUAAAUGUUUGCACUUGUGAAAAUGGAGGUGACUGUGACCCUAUUCUCGGUUGUGUGUGUAAAUCCGGGUGGCAAGGGCAACAGUGCAAUGAGCCCUGUGUGGAAGGUACCUUUGGAGUCAAUUGCCAGGAGAUGUGUGACUGCCAAAAUGGUGGACAUUGUCAUCAUGUUAUCGGAUGCGUAUGUCCUCCUGGUUGGAUCGGUAGUCGGUGCGACAAUAGAUGCCCUGUCGGGUCAUAUGGGACAGACUGUUCUCAGAAAUGUAAUUGUGGAGAGAAUGGUGAAUGUCACCCAGAAUUUGGAUGUGUUUGUGAGUCUGGAUGGUUGGGCCGGGAUUGCAAGGACAAGUGUCCAGAGGGCUUCUUUGGGGAUCAGUGUGAGGAGAGAUGCACCUGUCAUAACAACGCCACGUGCCAUCACGUUUCUGGAUGCAAGUGUCCAGAUGGCUGGACAGGAACAUUCUGCAACGAGUCCUGCACAGAAGGUUUAUUUGGCAAAGAUUGCCUUGAGGAGUGUAGAUGCCACCAUGGGACAUGCGACCCUGUGGUAGGAUGUCUUUGUAAACACGGUUGGCAGGGGCAACACUGCAACGUAACCUGUUCGAGUGGAUGGCAUGGACCGGGUUGUACGCGGAAGUGCCCGAGUUGCCAACAUGGCGGUGUUUGUCAUCACGUGACGGGGAGCUGUGUCUGCUCACCUGGAUAUAUUGGAAAGAGAUGUCAGAAGUCAUGUCCGAGAGGUUACUUUGGUUCAGGCUGUAAACAUCAAUGUGAAUGUGGUUUAGAUGGAAAUUGUGAACCAGCUACAGGUGCAUGUAUAGACAACUUUGAAGUGAACCUAACUGAGAGGGGUAGCGGUAACAUUCAAAGGCAGGAGCUUCGAGACACGAUGCCAACUCCCUUCUUUAUGUACGCAAUCAUCGCUGGGGGCGCUCUUGCACUCCUAGUUCUCAUCGUUUUCACUCUGGUUGCAUCUCACCGGUUCCGCUUUGUUCACCGUGGCACAUAUGAAACUGGUGAACGUCUAGAAGAUCUACUUGCAGGUGAUAUGAAGAACCUAGAUUUGAACAGAAACAGGACGAAGACAAAUGGUGCGUUAGCAACAAGAGUAGCAGAGGAGAGACGGCGUAGCAUGGCCUCGUUAUUAUCAUCUUCGGACAAAACACAUUCUCGAACCUCCUCAUCACUCUUCAACUUCCAGUUCGGCAAGUGCGUAGAGGAAGAUUAUGACGUCAGGAGAAGCACAGCAAACAGUCUAAACCGAAAACCCAUCCCCUUUCCUCGAGAUCCGAGCAAAAUACGCACCAUCCUGUCGCUAGCACCAAACAGAACAUCAUCGGAUGUUUCGAAAUCGGUGGCAGACUUUUUAAGAUCGUCGGGUGUCGAUUUAAGAAUACCCAUUGACGAUGUCGUUGAUGUCGAAGGGACAGACGAUGUCGGUGUCGAAGAGAAAGAUGAUAUCAACAAGACGCAGUUAACUGUCAAAGACACUACUCAGUCAGAAAAAGUUGAGCAAAUGUCGGUAGAUGUCACGCAAACUAACAUUGUUCCUACAGCACCUCCUGAUGUGACUUUGGAGAGUGGGGAGGUUGCAUCAUGAAUAACCAACCAUCUUGCAUUCUGCUAUAAAAGAAAGCAGAUUUUAAGAUUUUAAGGUGCAGCAAAUGCACAAGGCGGAGUUUACAAUUACAAAUAAGGAUGCCUUUGUCGCAUCGCAAGCGUUUUAUACUCGAGUUGUCGAAUAGGCCUGCUCCGUUCUAAGAUGUUGCUAUGAAUGGUCAGUCAGUCAGUUAGUUUGAGUAACGUACAUAUGCCGCUUAUGUAGGACGUGUCCAGAGUCGUCACGAAGAGGAAGCCAGGAAUCGACAACAGUUUUUUUCUCCUAUGAGCAUGAAUUAGGGAAUCCUA